AUGCCGAACCGCAAGGCCAGCCGGAACGCCUACUACUUCUUCGUGCUGGAGAAGAUGCCGGAGCUGCGGCGCCGAGGCCUGCCCGUCACCCGCGUGGCGGACGCCAUCCCCUUCUGCUCCUCCGACUGGGGGCUCCUGCGGGAAGAAGAGAAAGAGAAAUAUGCAGAAAUGGCUCGAGAGUGGAAAGCAACUCAGGGGAAGGUCCCUUCGCCACCUGGGAAGCAGAAACCUGUUCCCACAACAUUCCUUGAAUCAGUGAACCAGCUUCCCCCUGUAGAGACUCAGAAUGUUUCACUUCCAGAUGUCUCAAGCCUGUCUUUGAAGAGUGAUCAGGCUGUGCUUGGAAGAUUUUUUUACUUUUUGAACAUUUUUAGCCAUGGAGAGUUACCUCCUCACUGUGAACAGCGCUUCCUCCCUUGUGAAAUUGGCUGUAUCAAAUAUUCACUUCAGGAAGGAAUUGUGGCGGAAUUCCACCGAUUUAUAGACCCAGGUGAGGUGCCACGAGGCUUCCGGUUUCACUGUCAGGCUGCAAGUGAUGCCAGUCACAAGAUCCCUAUUUCUAACUUUCACUCAGGAGACGACUAUGCAACUGUGUUACAAAACCUUUAUCGAUUUAUUUCUCCAAACCAAAGCAUCUGGCCACCUGUGUACUGCAAGUCUGAUGAUAGGUACAGAGUUAACUGGUGCUUGAAGCAUAUGGCAAAGAAAUUGGAAAUCAGGCAAGAGCUAGAAAUCCUCACCGUAGAGGACCUUGUGGUGGGAAUCUACCAACAGAAACUUCAUAAGGAGCCAUCAAAGACCUGGGUGCGGAGCCUCCUGGAUGUGUCCAUGUGGGAUUACUCUAGCAACACAAGGUGCAAGUGGCAUGAAAAAAACGAUAUUCUCUUUUGUGCUUUGGCUGUCUGCAAGAAGAUUGCAUAUUGCAUCAGUAAUUCCCUAGGUACCCUUUUUGGAAUUCCACUCACAGAAGCUCAUGUACCACUGCAGGAUUAUGAAGCCAGUAACAGUGUAAAUCCCAAAAUGGUGGUGCUGGAUGCAGGGCGUUUCCAGAAGCUAAGAGUUGAUAGUCCUUUUUCAAACUCUUCUCAUCAGGAACAAAGAUCCAACACAUCUACCUGUGACUAUCCAUCUGGGGUGAAAACAACUGGCAAGACAAGCAGCGUUCGGGGGAGAGGCAUCACCCGUCUGCUGGAGAGCAUAUCCAGCUCCUCUGGCAACUUCCAGAAACUCCCAAAUUGUGAGACUCCACUUUCUCCUUAUGUGUCCCAAAAGGAUGAGUGCAAAUCUUUCUCCUCCUUAUCCUAA